UCGUCUACGCUCUGUCUCAACUUUACAUUAUUCCCUUUUCCUGUUUUAUGGCUUAAUCGAUCGCAUAAACUCAAAAUCAAAACCUAGAAAAAAUCAAUCAAUCCGAUCCGAUGGCGACAAAAAAAUCAAUUCCAAUACUAAAAAAACUCCUCUCUUCACAAAAAAAUCAAUUCAUCUCCCGCCGAUCCGUAACCUACAUGCCGCGUCCCGGCGAUGGAACGCCACGCGCGGUAACGCUAAUUCCGGGAGACGGAAUCGGACCGUUAGUGACGGGAUCAGUAGAGCAAGUUAUGGAAGCGAUGCACGCACCGGUGUAUUUCGAGAGGUACGAAGUACACGGAGACAUGAAAAAGGUGCCGGCGGAGGUGAUAGAGUCGAUAAAGAAGAAUAAGGUGUGUUUGAAAGGAGGAUUAGCGACGCCGAUGGGCGGAGGAGUGAGUUCGUUGAAUGUGCAGCUGAGAAAAGAGCUGGAUUUGUACGCGUCGCUUGUGCAUUGCUUUAAUUUGCCUGGAUUGCCGACGAGGCAUGAGAAUGUUGAUAUUGUUGUUAUUAGAGAGAAUACUGAAGGGGAAUACGCCGGUCUUGAACAUGAAGUUGUUCCUGGUGUUGUUGAAAGCCUUAAGGUGAUAACAAAGUUCUGUUCCGAGCGCAUUGCAAAAUAUGCUUUUGAAUAUGCAUACCUGAACAAUAGGAAGAAAGUGACUGCUGUACACAAAGCAAAUAUUAUGAAGCUUGCUGAUGGUUUGUUCUUGGAAUCAUGUCGAGAGGUCGCUACAAAAUAUCCUGGUAUUAAAUAUAAUGAAAUUAUUGUGGAUAACUGCUGCAUGCAACUCGUUUCAAAGCCGGAGCAAUUUGAUGUCAUGGUGACACCUAACCUUUAUGGAAAUCUAGUGGCAAAUACAGCUGCAGGUAUUGCUGGUGGUACAGGAUUUAUGCCAGGAGGCAAUGUCGGGGCUGAUCAUGCUGUAUUUGAGCAAGGCGCCUCAGCAGGAAAUGUCGGGAAUGAUAAAAUAGUGGAACAAAAGAAAGCAAAUCCAGUGGCACUGCUUCUUUCCUCUGCUAUGAUGCUCAGACAUUUGCAGUUUCCUUCAUUUGCUGAUCGAUUGGAAACUGCAGUGGAAAAGGUAAUUUCCGAGGGCCGGUACCGGACAAAGGACCUCGGAGGAGACAGCUACACCCAAGAAGUUGUUGAUGCAGUCAUAACUGCUCUAGACUGAUUGGAUGGAUACUUCUUUAGCUGCUGAUCUCACUUAACAUUUGCCGAUCCAAGGUCGAAGUUUGAUCUUCCUAUAUUCUUUAUUUGAAAUUCAGUUUCCAACAAAUUUUAUUUAUUUACUACAAAAAAUUUACUAUUUUCCUGGUUUUUUUGGUUGAAAUAAUCUCUUAAGUGGAGCUGAUAAAAUGAAAUUGUUAAUUGAGUUAAAUACUUGUAUAGGGAAGAGGUCAAAUUCUCUGUUCUGUUCUAUCAUUAAGUUAUAUUUAAGCUUUACUCUUUAUCUA